UCCUGCUCUGUUAUGAUGGUUUGUGAGCAGUUGAGCGGCGAGACAUGUGCGGCAGAUAGGCUCGUGUCGCCUAAAAGCAGCCGGGAGGGUCGGGACCGAACAUUUUUUACAAAAACAGAAGGCAAAAGAAGGAGACGCAACAUGUUUGAAGCUGCAGGGAUCCCUCUCAUCGUGCUGGACAUGAUCUGUCUCAUCCUCGUUGGCCUUCCAUUUUUUAUCCUGACCUCUCAACACAACCCUUUCAAACGGGGUUUCUUCUGUAACGAUGAGUCCAUCAGAUACCCCCUCAAAGAGGACACCAUAUCCUACCAGCUGCUGGGAGGAGUCAUGAUCCCCUUCACGCUGAUCAUGAUCGUCUGUGGCGAGUGCCUUUCUGUUUACUUGUCCCGCAUCAAGAACCAUUCUUUAGGGACCAAGUAUGUGGCGUGUGUCUACAAAGCUGUGGGGAGCUAUGUGUUCGGAGCUGCUGCUAGCCAGUCUCUGACCGACAUAGCCAAGUACUCCAUCGGCCGCCUGCGGCCAAACUUCCUGGCUGUAUGCAAACCAGCCUGGAAUAACAUUAACUGCAAAGCCGGGGGAUACAUUGAGAACUUCACCUGCACUGGAGAAAAAUUUCUGGUAGAUGAGGCCAGACUGUCCUUCUACUCGGGUCAUUCGUCCUUCUCUAUGUACUGCAUGCUGUUCCUUGUACUGUACGUUCAAGCGAGGCUGAGGUCAGAAUGGUCGAGGCUUCUGCGUCCUACCAUCCAAUUCUUCCUGAUCGCCACAGCUCUGUAUGUGGGUCUAUCCCGGGUGUCUGACUACAAACAUCACUGGAGUGACGUGCUCGCUGGCCUCCUGCAAGGAGGUGUUGUGGCUACUCUCACAGUGCUCUGUGUGGCCAAUUGUUUUGAACAGCCAGUGGACCCGGUGGUGUCACAGGCAGAACAAUCCUCACACAGCGGUUUACAGGAAAACCCUUCCAAUGGGAACCACUAUGGCAGCACUGAGUGAAUCUGAGGCCUCAAAGACAAUACUCUAUUGGGCCUUUAUCCCUUACAAUGCUCACGGAGGACCUUAAACACAGCAGUUACCUGCAAGUGUUUGAUAUUAACUGCUGGCUGUUUCUAUGCAUUUCAUCAACACAGUUUACCCUGUGGAGCAGACACUGCAGGCUUUAGCUGCUAACCUUUGGUGUGGUCUGUAAACUUUGAUUGCAGGAAGAAAAGUGCAGAAGACAAGCUCUUGCACUUUACUGAAAGUAGCAGAACUUUCUGCCGAGGUUUGGGGUAAAGCCAACAUUAUACAGUUGAAUGACGAAACCAAAUAUAGCAUGUUGGGUUUAACUUAGAAAAAGUUGCUUUUUUACAGUGUGAGCUUGUUGGAAAUGUGGUUUUUAGCGUAUAUUGGAUCAUGAAUGAAUAAAAUUCCUCUUGCCCAGAAUAUAAUGAGCGUCUGUGUGCGCACUGCAAGCAGGCUUGUAGAGAGCCUGGCACCUGUGAAUAAGAAAACCUGGACUGUCAACUUCAGAAACUUCAAAUGGAGACUGAACUCAGAAAUAAUAUAUUUUAUUGAUUUUGUUUGUUGAUUUUUUUUGCCUUAGUCAGAUUGCUGCUACCUGCUGUUAUGUCCCUCCCGGGUGUUAUUUUAUGAAUGAAAAAUACAAUGUAUUGAUUUUUCUUUCUUUCUUUUUUACAGUUUGUGUGAAGCUCUUUAUGUUUUUGUCCAUGCAGAGGCUUUAAACAGCAUUGUUUAGAGCAAAAUGUGUGACAAAUAAAGAGAGCUCCAUUUUGCUAUUUUGUUACAAAGGA